AUGAUCAUGAGAAAAGUGAGGAAUGGGCCCAGAAAUACAUGGAAGGAGCUUAUGAAUGAUCUCAAGAAGACUGCAAGAAAGAAAGCAAAAGCGGAGUUGCAAGUCCAGGAACUAAAAGGAAUCCUGCAUGGAGUUCACAGUGUAGGAUAUUUUUGUUGUGCAGUAAUUUCAGGUGCAGAAAGACCUAAGAAAAGUACCAAUGAAAGCAGUGAUUUGACUGUAGGCACAGUGAUCUCUGAGAAACAAGUUGUGCUAUACCCAUCAACUCGGGAAGAGCCCGUUCCUAGAACGAUGGAAGAUAUAAAGAUCAGUAUUGUCAACGAUCAAGCAACUGGUUUGAAGCGAAAACGAGAAGUUACAGCUGUAACCCCUUGCUCUAAGAAACUUCGCAGUGUUGUCUUUCGUUGCAGUACACCGCAGUCUGCAUCCUUCCCUUCGUGGCGCUCUCCUACCUCCAAAUGUAAAGGUGUCAGACAGAGUCAUGUAAGUACCGCAUCUCAUACACUGGAGCUAAAUGCUGACUUCAGCGAUGAGUGGGAUGAUUCUUUGCUGGAACCUUCAGAUAAUGAAGAUGACUCUCCAUUAUAUUUGACAGUGGAUGAGAUUGACUCCUUACUUGAAGAUGACUCCUGCUUUGCAUGUGAAACUUCUGGAUUGGAUAAAUGCAAUGCUACAUGUAUUCUUACUCCAGAAUCAGAAGAUAAAGAAAAAUUGUGUGCUUUACAAUGUAGUCAGUUAGAUGGUCCUAAUAUUUUGACCGAAGCAACCCUAUUGGAGGAAGACCUAAAUAACUAUGCCGCAAUGGCUCCAUCACCCUGUCAUUCAAUCCUACAUUCUGUAGAGGUUCAGGUGUCAAAACAGAAAAUUAACAUUGUUGGCAAUGUGAAAUCUUCUGAUUCUGUACAAGAAACAAAUGGAUUGUGUACUUCAGCAGUGCCUAUAUUAAAUAAUGCAGAAACACUUACUCAGCUUGCCAGUGAUGGCUCAGCCAACCUUCCUGUGCAAUCACCCAACUCUCUGUAUACUAUGGAUGUUGUAGUGGAAUGGAAGGAUGACCCUGAGCUGUGUUUUGAUGGUGACAUUGACAAUCUCUUAGCAACCAGUCCCAGAAGUGGGUUGUCAUCUGAAGAAGAGACAGCUGCUGAACCUUCUAUACAGUGCACAGAACAAGGCAAAUCUGCAGUAUCUGAUUCAGCAAGCGCUAUCAAGCAUUUGAAUGCUGUCACUGUUAAUCAAACAGCCAAUAAUGCUGAUUCUGAUAGUGCAGAUAUUGUUCAGCAACUCUCUCCAUCCACUUUUAACCUAUUAGAUGCACUCAAGGUCCAUUGUCCACCUUCCACUGUACCUAAGCCUCCAAAAGAUUCUGAGUCGCCAUCAACUUCUACAAUGGUCAUCUCUGAAACCCAGUCAAAUACUGAUGCUGUUGAAGAUGUGAAACCCAGCACGUCUACAGAAAGUGAUGCCCAGUCCACUGUAGGUCUAACUGAACAGACUGAAAUUUCAAGUGCCGCACAGACAUCCAGCAGCCAGCAAACGAUCACAAAUUCCUCUACAACUGUCAAACAAAGGUCAUGUGUUGCAGUUACACCAUUGCCAAAACCAGCACGCAGGUCAUUUAAUUUUUCUAAUUGUGAUCUGGCACGUGAUCAAGAUAAUUACUGUAAACAGGUUUUAAUGCAUUUCGAGGGUCCGGAGGGAGCAAAAAAUUUAGAAGAUCCCUUUCAUGAGCUGGCGUCAUUAUUGAACAGAAUCAGCAAACAGAAUCAGGACUGGCAGGAUCCCUCCAAUUUUUCUAGAAGGAAUCACCCUAGGCGUGGAAGUAAGUCAUCUAAACGCUACACUUUAAAUAAAUGGGUGGAAAAGAAUGGUGGAGCUGUACAGCGGUUUAUGGACGUGCCAGCUACAUUCCAGCGAAGCCCGCUUCCUGAUGUUCUGCCCUUUCAAUUUUCCUGAAUGUGAUUAAAGCGGGGGUUCACCCCAAAUUUUUUUUUUUAACAUUACAUUCAGCUGAGUUGUCAGAAUGAC